ACUCCGUCUGCGGCAAUGAGAUUGAUUUUUGCCGGCUUGGGAAGUUCCGUGUUUGGAGGGCUAAGACUCGUGAACGAGGUUCAGUUGCAGAUGGCGGCAACCACAGCAUUACCUCUUGCUGGCGAUUUUGCGACUAAAAUCUCUUGCCCCACUGCUCAACCAGAAACUCUGCAAAUUGUCCAAAGCACCAUUGCAAAGCAACUUUCUGUUGACGAAAGCAUUGUGACUUUCAAGAUUAAAUGCGAUCUGGGUACUGAUUCUCUUGACAUUGUUGAAAUUAUGCUGGCUUUGGAAGAGAGGUUUGGGAUUUCCAUGGGAGGAGGAGGAGCUGAGAACAUCUCCACCGUUCAAGAUGCUGCAGAUCUGACUGAGAAGGUGAAGGCUCAAUCCUGAAACCAGACAUACUGAUUCCGUCAUAGAUUGAAGAAUCAUUCUUCGUUCCUAUCAGAUUUUUUUUUUUUAAAUGAAAAACUGAAUA